AUGACCGAAGUUUUGGAUUUGAAUCCUUUAAACUGUGAAGCUCUAGCAACGCCGCGGCUAUCCAAAGCGGAGCACCUCAUUCAGCAACUAAAUGCGGCGAAUGCCAAAAAAGUGGCACUUCUUAUGGUCCUUGGGUUUGUGGCAUACCAUGGUAUAUUGCAUUGGCAAUAUGGCAGUGAUUCCUGUAAAUGGCUGCUAUCAAAGGGUCGUUUCAAAGGUGAUAACGAAUGGCAACCGUACGGAUGUAUGAUGCAUAAAUAUACUGAAACAGAUACACGACGUUGCCUGCGCUAUUUGGCUUUUUGGGGAAAUCGCAACUAUUUCGUAUUUAUUGGCGAUGAAAGUGUGCGCGCGCUUUACCAAAGUUUCAUAAACCAUUUACGACCCAGUAGCGAUGAUAAUAUUUCUUCUCCCUUCUUGGCGGUGUCACAAGCUGGCGAAUUCGAAGAAGGCCAGCUGAAUAUGCAUGCCCGUUAUAUCUACGCUAAUGAAGCGGACGAAGCUCUGUUGAAUGUCAUAAGCAAAUUUGAAGAAGCAAAAGAACUACCGGUGCUGUUUAUUUUUGGGUUCACUUAUCGUAAUUUUCUCGAUGGCAAUGUAACAGAUGAGAUUGUAAAACAAUACACAAGAAAUCUUAUGCGACUGGUAGUACCCUUUGAUCAGUUAGUCGCCCACAAAGCAAAAGUAUUGUGGAAAUUGCAGGAUCGUAUAAAUGAAGACAUAGUGACGCAAACUCCCUGGAAAGAGGUACUAAAUGAUGAUAUUGAUCUUUUAAAUCAAGCUGCAAAGACCGUGUUCCGCUACUCAGAGGCCACGGUAUGGAAUGCAGCAUGGCAAAUAGCAAAUGGUCUGGUUGAUAGUGCUGUUGACGGUUACAAAUUGAGUGAGUUAGGACUACGACACGAGGUGCAGAUUUUAAUCAAUAUGUACUGUAACGACUAUAUGAAUUACAAUGAUGGCACUUGUUGUGCUAGCGCGGAACCUUAUACAAAUUUGCAGAUUGUUUCUUACUCGGUAUUAGGCGUCUGCGUUAUCUUAGUCAUCGCAAUGUUGCUUCGCCGUUGGCUGAUGCAUCUGCGCGGUCAUACUUUUUAUACGCCGCUGUCCCAACCAACAACCUAUCAGGAUAUACAUACUGCCAAUGCCGCUGUUGCUGGUGGCUUGUCGAGUGGUAAAUCGUCACUCGCAUUGCCCAUAAUGGAUUUCUUUACACCACUCGCCAUGCUUGCCGUUAUUAUGGGGUACUUCUAUCUAUGCGAUCGUACCAAUUUCUUCAUGAAGGAAAACAAAUAUUACUCUGAAUUCAGUUUUUGGAUACCAGUGGGCUAUGUUUUCGCGCUGGGCAUAUUUUUUACCGAAGAAUCACGAUUUACGAAAGUACUGAAUCGCGAUCAAACGGAUGAACUGAAAGGUUGGAUUAUGCUUGUUGUGCUUAUUUAUUACAUGACGGGUGCACAUCGUGUGCUUCCCAUACAUAUGCACAUUAAGCUGCUGAUUAGCAGCUAUCUAUUCAUCAAUGGAUAUUCCCAAUUUACGUACAUGUGGCAGACAGGUGGUAAUUCUGCUUUUGUGCGCUUCUUUCAAGUAAUGUUCCGCCUGAAUUUCAUCACAGUAAUUUUGUGUUUUUGUAUGAAUCGCCCCUAUCAGUUCUAUUAUUUCGUGCCGUUGCUGUCCUUCUGGAUGUGCGUCAUAUAUUUCGUCCUAUCACUGCCGCCGCGUAUCAGUGCACAAUCAGUGGAAUCAAAUCCAUUACAUUAUUUAUAUUUGGUUGCCAAAUUUGUGGGCUGUUUCAGCGUCAUAACCAUACUCUUCAUGUCGGAAGUGUUUUUCGAGCGCAUUUUCUUGACUCGCCCGUGGAAGGCGCUAUUCGUAAGCACCGACGAUGACAUACACGAAUGGUGGUACCAAUGGAAAUUGGAUCGUUACACAGUUACUUUUGGCAUGAUUUUCGCCGCUUGCUUUCACAUCGCACAAAAACAUAGCAUAUUUGAUGACAACAAUCAUGGCAAUCUCUUUGCUCGACGAACUUCCAUUACUGUUACAUUGCUUGCAUUGCUUAGUGUUUGUUUAUACACGACAUUUUCCUUUCUCUGCCGCAACGAACAGGAAUGCGAGGAGAUACACUCUUAUAUCGUUUUCAUACCGAUUGUGGGCUACAUUGUGUUACGCAACAUAUCCGGCAUACUACGUACGCGUUACUCUACUUUUUUCGCAUGGUUUGGCCGCAUAUCAUUGGAAUUGUUUAUUUGUCAGUAUCAUAUUUGGCUAGCGGCUGAUCGUCAUGGAGUGCUGGUGCUUUUACCCGGCUUUCCAACGCUCAAUAUGAUUAUCACUUCGUUCAUAUUCGUAUGUGCAUCACACGAAGUGCAUCGUAUAACGCAAACACUGCUGCCAUAUGCAGUGCCCAGUGACUGGAAGCUGGUCAUGCGCAACUUCGUGAUAUUUUUGAUUAUAUUGAUACCGGUGGGACACGCCGAUGGCAUGUUUUAAACAUUAUCGACAAAAGUGUACCAAAGCAUAUUUAAAUUAUAAAAACAACAACAUAAAGGAUAUAAAGAUGAACAAUUGAAAAUUGGAAAUUAGUACAUAUGCUUAUGUAUUCUCUAAAUUAUCAAGCAACGUGUGAAGCAUUGACCCCACGGGUCGUUAAGUCAAGCAUAAACUUAGUAUUGGUUUAUUAGUUAGUUAAGCACAAAAGACGUACAACUGUUAAUAUUUAAAGGGAGUAAAUAUGUGUAAAAUUCACAUACAUGUACACACACUUAUGAAUACGCACGCGUCAAGCUUAAUGCUAUGUAAGAAGAACAUAUAUUUUAUAUGCUAGUUUAUUUUUGUAAGCUAAGUUUAAGUGAAACUUAAUUUUUCGGCUAUAUAGAUUAUUGAAUUUUUAUUACUGAGUUAAGGUAUAUAGCUGCUUUUCCGAGUAAGUUAAAUAUAUAUGAAACAUUCAUCCGUACCCAAACAAAAAAGAAAACACAAUUGAAACUGUUCAUUAUGUAAAGCAGUACUUAUGCACAUGAAAAAGCAAUCGAACAGCUAACAUGAAUUAUUGAUUAUAAAUAAUAAAUAAAUAGAAACAAAUUUUUGUUUACUUGAUA